AUGAGACAGUCCGUUAAGAAGAUCCUGAAAGAGUGCUUAUUGAGUAAGAAAGCACAAAAUCAGCCUCUAAGUCUGCCUGGAUUUCCCCCAUUACCACCCGAACGAGUUAAGCAUCAAGUCCCUUUUUCCUGUGUUGGCGUCGACUAUACGGGAAACAUUAAUGUGGCUGAAAAUGAAACUGAGAACGAGAAGGCGUAUGUCUUAUUGUUUACAUGCGCUACGUCAAGAGCGGUUGCCCUAUAUGUGUGCAAAUCAAUGAAUGCACAAGAAUUCUUCUUUGUUUUUAGACAAUUCGCGGCAAGACACGAACUUCCGAAAGUUUUGAUAAGUGAUAAUGCGCCCAACUUCAUUGCAGCCAGUAAGUUUCUCAGAGAUAUCAGCGAAGAGCCCGAAGUAAGAAAUUAUCUGACGGAUCAUAAUUUAGAAUGGAAGUUCAUAACACCCCGAUCACUAUGGAAAGGCGGCUUUUACGAGAGACUGAUCGGAGUGGUGAAAUCGUGCUUACAGAGGACUCUGUACAGAAAAAGUCUCUCGUUUAUAGAACUCAAUACCAUCGUCGCCGAAGCCGAGAACAUCAUCAAUAACAGGCCACUAACAUAUGUCAACGAAGAUAACGCCGACAUCGCGCUCACCCCUGCCAGACUCUUAUACGGCAGAGCUAUUACAAUGGCUCCCCCUUUGAACAAGUUAGUCGACGUACCUUUCAAUGAAAACGUCGAAUUGAAGGAGAACUAUGCAAGACUGUGUGAGACGAUAAGAAAGUUUGAGAAAUUGUGGCUACUUGACUAUUUGUCUUCUCUUAGAGAGAUGCACAGAAACAUCGAGUCUUCAACCAUCUGUCCAUUAAGCAUAGGAGAUUUGGUCCUUAUAGUAAAUGAUAAUUGUAAAAGACACAAGUACCCUUUGGAAAUCAUCGAGAAACUCCACACAGGUCCUGAUAAUGUUAUAAGGACAGUCGAGAUAAAAACAGCAAGUGGAAAUUUUACGAGACCAUUGAAUCAAGUCAUUCCACUCGAAUGUAAUGUCAGAGAGGAAUCAACAACAGAAAGCGGACAGAAUGAAGUAGGCGAGACCAGCGAGGCCUAUUCUGGCCAUGAGGUGGAAAAGGAUUCAAAGAGGGAGGAAGGAGGAGGAAGGAGGAGGAGGUGGAGGAAGGAGAAGACGGAGGAGGAGGAGGAAGAGGAGGAGGAGGAGGAGGAAGAGAAGGAAGAGGAGGAGGAGGAGGAGGAGGAGAAAUUCCCAUUUGAGAAACUGCUAUUUGUGUGA